AUGUUUUCAUUAUUUUUAAAUAAAGUGGCCAAAAAAUAUAGUUGUAUAGGAUUUAAAGGAAAGAAUAAGUUUUCCCUCUUUUACAUAUUUCUGAGUAUGGGGGCAGUGCAAAAAACACACAGUUCAAUAACGUUGAGCGAAUUUGAAACAGUUAUAAAAGCAUGGCUUGUAAAAGGAAAGUUUAGAAACUGGGCCAGAUACGGAUUGCAUAGUCCAUUCUCUAGGGGUGCGUUCCGUUACUCGCAUGAUGCGCAUAAUGCAUCGUUUAUCUUUGUUGCUCACCAAAUGUUAAAUAAGGACAAUGGAUGCAUCACGCACAUCAUGCGCAAUACGGAACGCACCUUUGGAUACAUUACUGAAGCUAUAUUGGACGCGCAUGCGUCUGAAAUCCGGCCCGUCUAA